UUAGCUUCCGGUAUCGCGAACUAAAUUAUUGCUAGAAUAGGAAGGGAUUUCAAAGCUUUAUUUUGAUUAAAUUUCCGAUGUUUCGUGAACAUUCAGUAUGAUUACAGUUGCGGAUUUUAUUACAGAGAGCCAAGAUGACUUUAAUUCUCCAACAACCUCAACAUUUGUGUCUCGAAUGGGGGACUGCCGCAACACAUUGUCGAUGUUGGAAGAGGCACUUGACACUGACAGGGGUUGCUUGACCAAGAUGAAGAGAUCUAUAAGAUCCAUUCAAAGCAGUGGUAAUGAACAUGUGACUGAUAUGAUGACAUUAUCAGAGACACUAGAGAAAUUAGGGGCAAAUGCAUUCUCAAAAGAAAAGGAACCAGAGCUAGGCACAGCAUUCCUCAAGUUUUCCGUAAUUAUCAAGGAACUAGCAGCACUCAUGAAGAAUCUGGUUCAUAACAUUAACAAUAUCAUCAUCUUCCCAUUGGAUGCGCUGUUGAAAGGUGACCUGAAAGGUCAAAAGGGUGACCUCAAGAAGCCGUUUGAAAAGGCAUGGAAAGAGUAUGAAUCAAAAUUUUCCAAGAUUGAAAAAGAAAAGAAACAACAGGCCAAGGAUGCUGGUCUUAUAAGGACUGAAGUUACUGGGGCUGAGACAGCAGAAGAAAUGGAAAAAGAAAGAAGAAUGUUCCAACAUUGUAUGUGCGAAUACUUAAUUAAGGUGAAUGAAAUCAAAGCUAAGAAGGGUGUUGAGCUAGUACAGCACCUUGUAGAGUUCUUCCAUGCCCAGAGCAAUUUCUAUCAAGAAGGCUCAAAGACGGUGGAAACGUUUCGUAAUUACAUGGAAACGCUCUCAUCGCAAGUUCAGAAAAUUAAGACGGAACAGGAUGAAGAAAAGAGGAAUCUGCAGAGCCUACGAACAUUGCUUAAAGGGUCAUUAACUACAUCAUUAGGCAGAGAUCCACAACAAGGGUAUGCCUUACAUCAAUUGGAGACUGACGUCUCUCACGGUACCACUAAGGAUGGGUUCCUCCACAAGAAAGCCGAGAAAGGAAUGCGACUUUACCAGAAACGCAGAUGCAUAGUGAAGGAUGGUUACUUAAGCAUAGCACACUCAACAAGUACUAAAGAUCCAGUGAAGCUUAAUCUGCUCACGUGCCAAGUAAAACCCUCCAAGGAGGAAGCCAGCAAGAAAUAUUUCGAUCUGGUUGCACGGGACAGGACUUACCACUUCAUGGCAGAAACCGAGGAAGAGGCAACUGAAUGGAUUUCAGUCUUAAACAACAGUAAAAAAAAUGCUCUGGAAGUAGUCUUUGAUGGUGACACCAAAAAGAACAGCCUACAAGAGCUAACACAGAAUAUUGUAACCGAAAUCACAAAAUUAAAUGGGAACAAUACAUGCUGCGAUUGUAAUUCUGAAGACCCUAAGUGGCUUUCAACAAAUUUAGGAAUAUUGACGUGCAUAGAAUGUUCUGGAAUUCAUCGUGAGAUGGGAGUUCAUAUAUCCAGAGUCCAGUCUCUAGAAUUAGAUAGGUUAACAACUGCACAACUGGUUAUUGCACGGAAUAUGGGAAACGCCACAUUUAAUGAGGUAUUCGAAGGUUCGCUGCAGCUGGACAUGAAACCCACAAAAGCUAGUACAAUGGAGGUUAGGAAGAAUUUCAUCCAAGCAAAGUAUAUUGAUCAUAAAUAUGCUUUGAAAGUGUCAAGUAGUCAAUCUGAGAGUAUGCAAGAUAUAAAAAAAGCGGUUACAACAUCUGACAUGUCACUGCUAUUACGUGUAUUUACUGAUGGAGUGGACCUCGCAUCCGCUAUCACAGAUCAGUUGAAGCAAAAAACUGCUCUGCAUUUAGCUGUAGAAAAGCAAGGGAAGCGGAAUUUGCAUAUUGUUGAUUUCAUCGUUCAAAAUUCUCGCAAUUUGGAUGUGAAGACCCGCGAUGGCAACACUCCAUUACAUCUAUGUGCAAUACAGGAUAAACAAGAAAGUAUGAAGGUGAUAUUGAAAGGAAAGGGUAACAUUACUGCUGUGAAUGAUUCAGGAGAAACUGCUCUAGAUCUUGUCAAGAGGUUCCAUUUCUGGGAGUGUAAAGAGUUACUGGAGCAGGCGGCAGAGGAAAAAUUCAGCCAGUGUGAGAAUGUUGACAUAGAGUGGUGUCUUUCAACUGCCAACGGGAAUGAUGCAGUAGACUUCAGUGAUGAUGAACUGGAUGAUAAUAGGACUCCAUCGAGACGACGACCGAACAGUGUCAUGCCAGGAGCACCGAUCAGUCCACGUAUUCAUCAAAGACAUUCGACAGAAAGACGGGAACGUUCUGGGUCAGAUGGCACUGAUGGAGAUGCCUUCGUACUGACCAGACCGACCCAUGCUCCACCAAUCCCUCCACGAAGAACAGCACCAGUACAUAAGAAGAAACUCACUGCCCCCCUUGCCCCCAACGGCCAUAAACGAACAACAUCCGAUACAUUUCUUAACCAGGUUCUUCCUGUUCCCCCAGUACGGGGGUCAUCCGUAGCAGAAAAGCACAAAAUUCAUUACCUGUACAAGUUUUGGCAAUUCAACCACUCAGGAAAGUUAGAAAAAGAUGAUUCAAUGCCACCACCGUUAGCGCCAAAGCCAUCAGGUAUUUCGCAUGGCCGUCCCGCCAGUCUGCACGGUAGACCACCAAUUAUACCACCCAGGGAUUUUUCCAAGUCAGCAGAAAAUCUCCCUCAAGUGACCAGUAAAUCUGUAUCGAGACAAGGCUCAGUGUCAGAACAGGAAGAAAUAGUAAGGCCAACAGUAGCACCCCCUGCCAUACCAACACAAGCAACACACCGACAAUCUACGCUACAAAGGCCGUCCUGUCCUCCACCGCCUAGCCCCCAACCACAAGUCACCGUAGAUAGACCUUCACCUAAAAUGUACCUACAAUCUCAGAAAAAGAGAGUGAAAGCUCUGUAUGAUUGUCAGGCUGAUUAUGAUGAUGAGCUAACAUUUAAUGAUGGAGAGAUCAUCAUAGUUAUUGGAGAAGCUGAUAAAGAGUGGUGGAUCGGUGAGAUUGAAGGCGAGCCUACACGAAGAGGAGUGUUCCCUGUCAGUUUUGUGUCGCCUCCCAUAUAGCUGCGUUCUUACCCCUCAAGACAACACUACCCAUCAUGCCAGCACGUCUAGGAUGUCCGCGCCAUUGACCUUAGGUCUGUGCAACAUGAUUGUGAUAAGACGGUUAUUCUAAAGAGGACGUGGACCAGAUUGCACAUGCUGUCUAUAGGAAUGGAUAAAGAUUUUUCAGAUGCAGUAAUGAAAUUGACGUCAGAUUCCUAAUAAUAUUGGAAGUGACACACUUAUAUGAAUGUUAAGUAAUAAUUAUUCAAAGCAACUAUAUUUAUUUCAAUUAAUUUGUGUUUUUAUUUUGGGCAUUUGCUUACUGUAUGCAUAGCCAUUUAUUCAGUCAUCCAUUCCAUUAUUUCCAUCGUUAAUCUUCCUCAAAGUCUAUAUACAACUUAUAUAUAAAUAUAUAUAUUGUAGGCAAAAGUCUGUAAAGUUGUAUUACCGUACUACACCAAAGGUCUAAUGUCUAAAAAUAGCUGUAUUUCCUCUUAAAAGUGGCUUUUCCACAUGUUAAUGUCAUAAAAAGUUUGGGCCCAUAUUAAACAUUUAAUCCAUUGAAAUUAAUAAUGAAAAAUUCCGCACCUGCACGCAUUUGGUUGGCUGGGAUACAGAGCAUGGAGACUCAUUUGCAUAUUCAUAUGGCAAAUAACAAUUUUGCAGCUUUAGGUUUUAACAGCUGCAAAUAUUUUGCUAUAUUGUACAAUCAAAAUUAUUAUUCUUUCUUUAGGCACACAAUACAUGUGCCAAGGAUUGCCAUCCUUGAAAAUCUUCCAUAUUAUACAAAUACAAUGAUACAGAAUAUGAUAAUGAGUAUUAAAUACUGUACUAUAGGAUAAUGAUACACCUGAAGACGUGUUCACAUUAACAAAUUUUAUGUGGAAUAUAUGUGGGAUUUGCCCAUAUAUGGUAUGAUAAUCCAUAUCCAUCCAUAUUUGUUCAAAUAGCAGAUAUUUGUCUGUAUGCACCACUUUCCACACUUAACACAAAUUCUGUUUACACAAGGUAUACCAUGGAGGUGUUGAUCACUCAGCAACAUAUCACUUUAAUGCAACAAACCAAUUUGUUCCCUGCCUUCAGUUCGUGCGUGGACGUCUAUCUUACCUUUAACCAUUUUUCGUUUAGCAAAAACCUGGCAACAUCAGGCUGUUAUAUGCUUCAAGCAGUAGUUUUGCUAUUUGACACCAUAAACCGUUUGAUGUUGACUCAUUAAAUAUUUAAAAAAUUUACAUUGUUUCCUUGAUUGGACUUUUUUGGGCAUUCAGUAUGUUGUGUGUAUAUUUCAGGAACAGAUUCUGCAAAAUAAUUUCUAUAAUUUUGUAACAGAUUGACUGGCCUAUAAAGCUGAGGCAGCUUAAAACUGAAAAUUACUCUGACUUUGGUUUGAAUUUUCAAAUAGUUCACAUGCGUUUACACUAAAGUGACUUAGUUUAUUAUAAUUCUCAAUCAUUUCUUGAUUAAUAGCGUAUCUGUUGAAAUUAGAAUUAUCGAAUUUAAUCCAAAUUAUGGAAAUACAAGUUAAAAUAUUCCAUACUUUUAAGGCUCAUGUAAAUGUUUCAUUAAAUUCGAAACUCUUUUGGAAGAAAAUAUUAAUAUGCUUGGUUUCUGUUUUUUGGAAAGAUAAAUGUAUUAUUUUUAAGGUGAAAAUGAUUGCGUAGCCAUGGCCAUUGACUGUAAGCAGUGCGCAUUGAAAAAGGAAGAUGCUCUCCAUUUUGCCAUGUUUAAUUUGUUCAUAAACUAGACCCGCUGAGCAACUGUUGGUUGGGAACACAUUAGACUUAAAAGGUAUCGCGUAAACUGACUUCACGCACUGCAGAAGCUUGGUUCUUUGCUCAUUUGCAUAGUGUUGUGUCCUUUUUCGAGUGAUCUCCCUCCUCGCUAGUACCUCCAUGGUUAUACUUCCGAUAAAACAAACCAACUUAGUUACUAAUUAGUACUUCUAUUUCCCAAGGUCCCUGGUGACGAUUUCUUCACAGCUAUCACCCUUAUCACAAAUCUAAUACCACCCCUCCUAAAAAACUAAAAAAUAUCAGAUAAGCAAAACCAGUUACCAUAGAAUGAAUGACACAUUCAUAUGUUAUUAGUAUUCUAAAUGCUGUGUGGGUGGGUGUGUAAGGUAAUAUAGCAUCAUUGUAUAUGGAACUGAAGUCAUCAAAUGCUAUGCUGUGUUUAUAAUUUAAUCAAACUUCAUCUAUGCUUUUUAUUUAUGAAGUCACCCCAAAUACAAUGGUGUCAUAUUUUAAGAAUGUAAAGAGUGCAAACGAGACAAGACAAAAUAUUUGUGUUAAUCUUCUAAUUUUUCAAGUCAAAUUUAUUGCAGAAUAGCAUUCUAUUAUUUUUAUAAGAACUAUGAUGUUAAUUUUGUGGAAUUAUCCUAUGAUGUAAAAAUAUUAAUUGCCUAGCAGUGGAGAGUAAAUUUAUUAAUAUCGUGAUUGAGAAGAUGGAUCCUUGUUAAAUUUAUUAGUUUUCAAAUUUGGCAUUCAAGAUUAACUAUGCAUUAUGGUAAACAUGAUGUCCAAUCUCACUGCAAAAUCUCAAUUAUUUUCUGAACAAAUUUAAAUUAAUUGUGGCUCAGUUAUUCAAGGUUGCUUCGUAGCAAUUAUUAUAAUGAAAACAAAACUGCGACUACACUAAAUAUGCAAGGUGGGUUGCAUAGAUCUUUGCCAAGUUUGAAGACUGAUUUUGCCAUUAUGAUGAAGCAUUCUACACUGUCUGGAUAUGUCACCGGAUGUUUGCCUGAAAAUAUAUGCAUUAAACAUUAAUUUUAUUUUAUAAUUUGGUGUAAAGCUAUAAUAAGCAGUGUGCUAUAUGUUAUAUAAAUGUAAAUUAUCAUUAUUAUGGAAAUUCUGGCAAGGGAAAUUUUCUUUUGAUUAGUGCUGGUUCAGAUUUUUUUCGACAGUUGAGUUAAGCAAUGAUUUUAUUUGAUUUAUCCAGCUUGUCUUUAAAUCAGUUCUUCAUAUUCAUAAAAUUUUGUCCAAAAUGCAGUUUCAGUCAUUUUCUAUCAUGUUGCUCACGUUUAUGUGACAUUUAUGAGUUUUUUUUAUAUUUUAAAUAUGUUUUCACCAAGUUGAUUGCUUGAGCUGAUGUGAGGCCAGCCUCAUCCUUAAUGUAAAAAGCCCUGUAAAAUAAGACCAACCUCAGCUUCAAUUGAAGGACCAAAAUGAGGGCAACCUAAACCUUGAUUGGAUAACUAACAUUGUAAGUGAGGGAGACAAUGUUAGUUAACCUUCAUUGUAUCACCAUAGCUGUUGUAACUUCUAAAAGCACUGUACUUGAAUAAGCCAUUUUUCAACCUCUGCUUACCAUAGAAUAACAGUAAUUUAUUAAUUUUAUUGUUUUAUUUAUUCUUUUUUUAUACCGUAGAUACUUUCAGUACAAUAGUACUGAAUUUCAAAGUGGUACAGUGACGAGAAACAUGUAUGCAAUGUUAUAAAUGUGGUGCACUUAUAAUAUGCAUACUAUGGUGCAUCGUUUAUAUUAUAAUUAAGGCCAAAAAUAAUCAAAACUGUGUUCCCCAAGCCUGGCUGAUUCGGAAUCCUAAAAAUCUAGGUUCAAAUUUACCAAAAAUGAGCUAAAAUUACUUGUAUGAUGCUUUAAAAAUUAAAUGGAUUUGGCACCUUAAAAUUGGAACCAAUUAAUGAUGGUUGGCACUCAUCCUAAGCCAAUAGGAAAAAAAAGUGCUGAGUACUUAGGCAACAUAACAAUUUGUUUUGGCCUUAUAUUUAAAAAAAUAUAUAUUUUUUGUUAAAUUUUGCUGCAAUCUGGAUUUUUUGGAUAAUACAAUACCGGUAAUUUUUUAAUGUCAAUAUAAUGAAAAGGCCUAUUAAAUUUAUUUGUUUUUUCUAAGCCAUUAUGAUAAAUUUGAUUAAUAAUAUUACACAAUGAACCAUCAUGCAGAAAUUGUGUAUGGAGAGUAGUAGCCAAGUGUGUUGACAUUAAAGUUCAACUGAUUUAACCUGAAUAUUAUAAUUGUUUAUUACAUAGAAAUACAUCUGGAAAAUCUCAUUAAAAAUGAACUGAAUAUUAUGAAAUUAAUACUUAGCUUUUUAGUAGUUGGUUAAGAGUGAUAUUGAACCAUAUGAAUAGCCAGAUGUUUGUUUUGUAUUGCAAGAGCUUUUUAAUGAGGUCAAUAAAUUUAAUUUUGAUAUGACAUAUCUUGUGUGACAGAUAUAGAUGAGAGAUCUUAUGGAAGAUGUUGGCAGCUCUCCUUACAGUAUCGUGCUUCAAGCGCCAUUGCAUUAUGUGCAUUGCAUGCAAAAAUAUCUAAUCCCAUAGGUUUAUUGUAAGAAAUACAGAAAUAUGAUAAAUUUAUUAUUAUCAUGGACGUCUGGAAUUUAUUUUAUAUAACUUAAUUUCAGAAAAAGCAAUCUUUUAGUUUUUGGUAAAAUGAAUGUUAACUGAUUAAUGUGGUUGAGAUCCAAUUACGAAUAUAAAAUUAAAUUUUUAUGAUAAAAAUAAUUUGGUUAAUAAAUAUAGACAAUUGAUUAGUUAGCAUGAGGUGAUCUGCUAAUGAUGAAUAAACUUUUACCUAUCUUGAUGGCCAUUGGUUAAAUUCUUGGAGUGCAUGAUGGGAAUUGUCAACUGGCAUGCAACCAUAAUUAGGUAUUUUUGUUGUGAGUGUAUGACCCAUAAGAUUAUGUGAUUUGUAAUAUAGUCUAUUCUACUUUAAUCACUGUCCAGGUCACAGUUUUUAUUAUAUUAUGAACAAUUCAUUGUUUAAGAGUCAGUGUGUAUCUAAAGGAAAGUGUAUAUAGGCCGACAUCAUAAAAUUAGGAAUAGUUUUUAUCUUUAUAUGAACUUUUAUCAAACAGUAUUUGGUAAAAUUAAAUUUCAGAUAAAUGUUAUGAGUCUCAUUUUACAAGAAUAAGAGAUGUUGAAGUUAUUACAGUAAUAACACUUUAUUGAUCAAUUGGAUGGUAUGUUGUGUUGUGUUGUGAGUGCAUAUUGGUAUAUUCAGAGCAUAUGUAACCAAGGAACAAUAUAUUCUUUGAUUAAAACUGAUUUUGACCGACUGUUAAAGGGACCAAAUACUCGAAUAUUUUGCUAUGUGAUAAAUACUUUUAACAUUUCUGUAUAAAGUUAGAAACAAUAAUUAUUAAUACUUUGGAAGAGAGGUUUAUUGGAGCAGAUAAGAAAUUUGCAUUUCUUUUAUCAAUUCAUUCACUUAGAAAUGCUCUGUAUUUUUUGUCUUUAAAUUUGUUGGAAGUUAGUGCAAUAUAUUUGUCUACUAAUUGUCUGGGAGAGGUUUAAGUUGCUUAGCGAGCGUUGUUAGACGGAGUUCUUGCUUUCAUAAUGUACCGGUAAUAAACAAAUACUUGAUUGUACUAGAAA